UCCCGGUUUGCUCCGUGUCCAACCUCGCUCGUCAGCGCGUCCAGCCGCCAUGUCCGGCCGCGGCAAACAGGGAGGCAAGGUCCGAGCCAAGGCCAAGUCGCGCUCGUCGCGGGCCGGGUUGCAGUUCCCCGUGGGCCGUGUCCAUCGGCUUCUCCGGAAAGGUAACUACGCGGAGCGGGUAGGCGCUGGAGCUCCCGUCUACAUGGCGGCCGUGCUGGAGUACCUGACGGCCGAGAUCCUGGAGCUGGCGGGCAACGCGGCCCGCGACAACAAGAAGACGCGCAUCAUCCCGCGCCACCUGCAGCUCGCCAUCCGCAACGACGAGGAGCUCAACAAGCUGCUGGGCAAGGUGACGAUCGCGCAGGGCGGCGUGCUGCCCAACAUCCAGGCCGUGCUGCUGCCCAAGAAGACUGAGAGCCAUAAAGCCAAGAGCAAGUAAAUUUGGCGAGCAAAGCCGCUCAGACUUUGCACGACAUAACAUUUUAAACAAAAGGCUCUUUUCAGAGCCACCCACGUACUCAGAAAAAGAGUUGUGUUGCUCUCUUUAGAAAGGUGCUCUGGUACUGAGUCUUUAUUAGUACAAAUUAACCUCAAACGAACUUGUGUUUCGGUUUUUUAAAACUUAGUUUAUACUGAAGACUUGAUACAUGUGCUGUCCAAACCAUGUUUCUAAAUCGAUGUUAAUAUUUUUGUAAUUGUUUCAUUUGCUCAUUGUUACAUUCAGUAAAGAACUUAAUUGUUCCGCU